UGGCCCAGCCUGGAAUGUCUUCUCGCUGAUCUGUCGUGACACUACCACGUAUUCCAUCUUGUCCUGCACCUUUGUGCUUCCGGGGAUGAGCUCGCCGGUGGCCUUCUUGUAUUUCGCCACCUUUUGUGUUGAGGCAAUCGCAACAACGGCCUGCUCUGUGCUGUGUUCCUUAUCGUGAGGGUUCACGUUGUGGACCUGGUGUGCCAUCACACGAGGGUACGCCCAUGUCGAAUUGAGCUUGACAAGCUCAAAUGUAACACGUUCAGCGGGAUUCCGACGAUCGAUAGCGGCGAUGAGCUUCUUCCCGAAUUGACCCAGACAUAACUCGUUGACAGCAGCCUUGUCACCAGCAGCAAAAGCCCCGAGCAUCUCAAUGUACAUAUUCUUCGCUGUGGGCGCAAUCUUGCUUCGGGCGAUUUUCCACUUUGGCCGUGUUGUCCAGUCAGGCAUAGACUUGAGCUUCAUCUGGAGGAGGGAGAAGUAUUCGAAUCCAAAUUGUCGGAGUCGGUACCAUGAGUAGUUAAAGAGGUUGGAGGCGCCGGAGGGGUAUCGUGAGAAUGGGAGAGAGACAAAUGUGCCUUUUGCGCUGUUAGUCUUCUCUCAUGGUUCAAAUUACUUGUCUACAGCCUCAAUCGGCGCAUUGAGAAGUCUGGGAUCCUAAUAAUCCCCAUCAUAACUCACCAGGAAAUAGAGGGCCACCUCCACCCUUAAAGUACUCAUCGUUGGCCUUCUUCUGAAUCGCCGACAUCGAUUGAGUAUCCGUCUUCUUGGUAUCCUUAUAAGCCGCCUUCUGCAUCUCUCGCAGAAUCUUUCCCUUGGAGGGCAUCGACAUGUGUCGACAUUGUACCCUCGCCGCUCCGAGAACGCUCUGGCGCAGAGCGGCCGGGCGUAGCGCCAUUGCCGAGGAAGACAUUGGCGAAUCUUUUUACACGAAUUUGCUGAACCGAGAGAAUCGAGACGUGGGAAUGGUUUACAGGGACACCCGGUGGUUACCCGCGGCGCAGGGUCAUUAUCGAGCUUGAGCUGGCUUCGGCAAACUACGUCUUCUGCCGUUGAAGAAUUUCUUGGGUUCUGGGCUGAUGGCGGAUCAAAUAUGCCCCGCCUACCGAUGCCGGUGGGUGGUGAAAAUGUGGGGGAUCUCCAGCUUGAAUUGAAUCAAUUGGCACAUGCUAGACAUGUGUAAAUUAUCAAUAUCCCCAGUUGCAGAACCGCAACUUCACAACGGCAUCAUAGCUCAACGGCCUGAAAUUCGACCAAAGGGCCAAUUUUAGUCUUUUUACUGUGGUCCUGCUCAUAUCUCAUGUUAUUAGACUCUCGGUGAGCCAAUUGGGCUCUAGUAAACUACUUGCGACAGCUCCAAACUCGAUAUCAUAUCUAAACACCAAAAUUGCCCAUCAUGAGGGCCUCACAAACACUCUUCUCAAGAGGCUUCUUCGGCCGAAGUAUGGAUGAGCUCAGACGGCGCACGCAAAUAGCUGUGAGCUUCGAGGCCAUCAAAGGCGCUACACAGCCCAAGCCUCUUUACGAGUUCAACACCGCCGAUAGCGUCCGCGACUGCAUCGUCAUGACUGACAAGACCAUCGGUGGCUUCUCAGAGAGUAAUUUCGACUUCCACAAGUCCCCCGACAUCAACAACGACCCCAAGAUACCCUCCGCCUAUGCCCGUUUUCAUGGCAACAUCUCUACUCGCCUCCCCUCCGACCGCCCCGAUAUCCAACGAACUGGCUUUGCCGGCUUUCGAUCCCCAGACCAGAGGCCCACUGCUUUUGGCCGUUCCAUGUGGGAUAUUGAUCCAUACAUCUACCUCGCCCUGCGUGUCAAGUCAGAUGGCCGCAGUUACUUCGUCAACUUACAAACCGAGAGUGUCGAACCAUCAGAUUUACAUCAACAUCGAUUAUUCCCUAAGCGUCCAGGCCAAUGGGAAACAGUGUUGAUAAAAUGGAACGACUUUGUCAGGACGAAUCACGGCUUUGUGGUGGAACCUCAGACUGAGAUGCUUCGACAGAAGGUCUUGACCGUGGGUAUUGGACUAACAGAUCGUGUUGAUGGUCCGUUUGAGCUGUGUAUCGAGAGAGCGUGGGCCACCAAUGAUCCCAGUGAGGUAGAAGUGACAGAAGAACCCAAGGCUGAGACUGUGGCAGAGGGAGGCCAGCUAAGGAACAAGAAGGGCGAAAAAGUACGGUGGUAGACAAACAAGCAUUCUUGGUGUUAUAUGGGGGAUAUAGCAUCAUUGCGUGUGUAUUCGUAAAGCUUCAUGUUCUUGGAUAGGAACCCUCUCUAGGACUGGCUGAAAUAUUACCCGUUCCUGUAUAAAUAAAUGGUAUAAUGAACUCCCAUAUCUCGUUUCUAGCCAUGCCAAUAAUUUAUAUUUGCCAUUACCAACUCCUACCCGUCAAGACUGAGUGAUUCAGCAGUUUUCCGCAAUGACACGUACGCUGCAGCGUAAUCUGCAGCCAGAAUCAUAUCCCCAGUCAGCUUCAUGAUCAUUGCCUUCUUUGCCAUCAUCUGGCAUUGCAUAUUGAUGUCUUCGAUGCUUGAGUAAUGAUCGAAAGACUUCUGUACAGCUGCGAGAGCUUUCGUCAUGUAUUCCGAUCGUUUGGCUGACUUGGGUUCGCAAUUACCAGCAAGUCCCAUGUUGGCAUCGGCGAGGUAGCUGUAGAGCUGGGCUGUCAGACUCUCAGUCUCACACUCCAGGGAACGGGGUAUGACGGCCAACAGAAGCUGAGAAGCUGCUUCAAAUUCCUUCAAAGAGACCAAAAUAUUCGACACAGAACCAAUCGCCUGCCAGAGGCAGGGUAUGAGACGAGCUCCCCACGAUAUACUCGCUGCCCGCAUUGCUGUUGUAAACCCUCGUUGCGGCCGGCCACACUUGUCAAGAAGGGAGGCUUUUAGGAGUAGGAGUUUGACCUUGAGUACCACAUCCUUCUUCUCAUUCUCUAGCUGCGACAUCAUGCUGUCGACUUUUGCAAAGGCUGCUUGAAGAUCUCCACGACGAGUGAGAUAGUCAAUGUGGAGGGUGUCCACCAAAAACGCCAUAUCAGGUUCAAGGUCAUCCAUCUUUGAUUGGAGGAUCUGAGAUAGAAGCCGUUCAGCUCCUUCGAGAUUGUUGUGAUGUAAGUCUCUUUUCAGCUUGAUGACACCUCGGUACUUGUGCCAGUACUGACUGGGCUUCCAGGAUCUCAGUGAAUUAUCCUCCAAGUCUUCCAGUUUAGUCAUUGCAUCGUCAUAUUUUCCUCGUGAAGCAAGUAAUAGAGCGAGUCGGCAAGUCAACUUCAGCUCAUCAUCGAAGAUGGCAUUGCGGGCGUGGCAUUUCAGGAAGACCUCGCAGGUCGCUGACGACAGGGUCGAGAGCCCAAGCCUGUCCCAUAGAGCUGAAGUGAGAGAAAGGUAAGACCCAAACAUGUUGUUCAUGUUCCUCUCUAUGAUGAUGUGAGAGCUCCGCACAAUCGACUCAAAAGCCGUAGCCACACUGUCACCGUUCAAUAGUCCGAGCUUUGCUUCGCUGAGGAGAACUGAGCUCCAUAGCGUGAACAUCCCUGUCUCUCUGGCCUUAACACGGAGAAAGGCCAAGCUUUCUUUGCCAGUACCGAGCAGGCUGUUCGAUUCCAAAUUCUGGACGAGAUCGGGAUGUGCACGACCGAAGUGGAAGAGCCAGUUCAAGGCGAAGUUGAGGCAAGUCAUGUCUCGGUUCUCUCGCGCUGUCGACACGGUUUCAAGCAUGGCUGCUACAGCUUCUUUGUAACAACCAAAGUCGGCUUGCAAAACAGCCAAGUUCAUCAAAGCGUAUUGGUAGAACAGACGAUCUCUGUUCUGCAUGGUGUAGUCAAAGUAGCGGUGCAGAUAGUCGAAUGCAGUGGGAUAGUCUCCAGCUCUCCACGCAUCAAGGAAUCUGCCUCAUGUUAGCCAAAAGGUUCACUGAUGUUGAUAGAAGACAACAAACUUGAGAUAAUGUGUGAGACUA